GGCUGGCGCACGAACCAUACCAUGUGAUAAAAAGUUGUGCGAAAAAAAUAAAUAGAAUAAACUUUUUCAAGCGUUUCGUGAAAAGUGUCCAAACUUUCGCAAAAGUUCUGAAAAAAAAUAUUGUGAAAAUAAUAGGAUUUUUUUGGCGGUAUUCACCAAAAAUAAUAGGAUAAACAAUUAGAAACAUUAAAGAUCCUGCCAGGGUCUAUGCUCUGAUUUGCUUUUGGUGAGGCGGCAAACAUGGGCGGCGUGCAGACGUCGGCAGGUAGGCGGCAUGCCGCGCGCCAUCGUUUGCGGUACCUGAGGUGAAGCGAGACGGGGUCCCCGCCAGCGCCGCCGCCAUGCAAGGGGCCACUCUUGAUCUAACUACCACGUGCAGCUAAUAUGUUCUUAUUGGCCGCUGGCAUACUGCUACUCAGUACAGGAUUAGCAGGUUCGAUGCCGGGUGGACCUGGCAUUCCCGAGAACAUAACUGUCACGUUUUUGAACCCCACGUCUGUCAAAGUAUCGUGGGCCACUUCCCACGAAAACGCUGACAAGUAUGACGUCACCUACAAACCGACGGACGCCAGUUACAGGGUGGUGGCGGUGGUUGCCGGCAAUUCGGACGCUGUAACGCUAAGCGGCCUCAAACCCGACACUCAGUAUCAAGUGACCGUGGCAGCCGUUUGGGCUGGCAAGAAGUAUCGCAGCAGGCCCAUAGUCUUCCGCACCCUGGAACAUCCAAGGUCAUCACCCCAACAGGACCCAGUCAUGGCCUCCUACCCCACCGAAGCCCCCCAUCAGCCCAAAGAGCCCAGCCAAGCCCAGCCGCAGGACAACGUGGAAUAUCCCCAAACAAGUUCAACGGUAUCAUACGAAGAUAUAGUGGAAUACCCCCAAACUAGCUCAGUGGUUCGAGGCGUAGAAAUAGGCAUAGUGCUCCUGGUGCUGGUAGUGUGGAUAGCAGCUAUAGCGCUGUUCUUCAACCGCUGGGGCAAGAUCCGCAUGCUGCUUCCCUAUCAGCCUGACUAUAAGCAUGAACAGUUGAAAGUUCCCGGAACUGCAGCCUGCGCGGCCGCUGUUGCCUCCGGGAACACUUGCACCCAUCACUCUGGCGAGCACAUUUGUCAACAGACAGAUACAAUUUCACUUAUACUACCGCCGUGCCCUUGCCGGGAAUCGAACCCAGAACCCAUGAACCCAUUGCAGACGAAAAGAUAUACCGAUCCUAAAGAAAACGGCUGCUGCAAUGCGUGGGAUCAGUGUUUCCGGCCUGCGAGGCCGCCGCGGCGGUCGCGCGACUGCGGUUGCCAGUUCGCGUUGCUGCAUCGCGUCGACACCUAGCAGCACCAGGCGGGGCACGAUGCCGCCCCAGACGGCCGCCGCCGCCGGCACGCGUUAGAGCGUGCGGAGGUCACGUGGUCCACCUCGACUUCGACGCAAGACUCGGUCGCAUCAGUGCACGCUCAGCCGCCUCGCAGUCCCAGGCCGCGCAUGAACUCCGCAAUCUUCAUGUCGAACAGCGGUCCCGGCUUCGACUCGAAGGAGUUUUUCCGUCGACACGGUUCCGUGUCGCGGCUGUGCAGGAAGGCGCGCAGCGUCGACAACAUCUCGUUGGACGAGAAGCACUUCGGGUUGCCUACGUUGAGCAUUUCGGGGCCGUCGCCGCCCGAAGAUGAAGAGUACAUCGACGAGACCGAGAGGUUUUUGAAAGAGUGAAAUUGUCAGGUGGACAUUUUGGAAACGUCAUAAAAAUCAUGUAAGGGUGUCAAUAAUAAAGUUAUUACGGGUGUCACAGAACUCGCGCCACAGAGAAAAAGGAAACAUGCCGAAAGUUAUGCGAAACACAUAACUCCGCGCGUUAUAACUUGGCGAAGCUCGACGCAUGUGGGCGUAGCCGUUGGCACUUGUUUACUGCCUUCCAGCUAGGGGUUUCCAUAAAUGUUAUAUAUAUUAUAAUACUUAUAUAUUCUAUAAUAAAUAUUUUCUUUUCAACCAAUUUUUAAUUAAAAUUAUGAAAAAGCAUUGCGUCCAAAGCUAAUGCUAUGCUUAAUUGCUGUUUCAAUUACCAAACAUUUUUGGUUUAUUAGGCACAUAAAUAAUUAAUUACUCACAAUUUUUAUUUAAAAAAAUUAAAGACAAUAGUUUUAUAAAACAGGUAACCGCAAUUUCCUUUAUAAACCUACUGGUAACGGUUACUAAAGAUUAUAUAAAAUGUUUGUAGAAACAAUGAUAUAACCUAAUUAUAUACCUAGAGUUUACAGACUGGGUUGGGCAGUUGAAAUUUUCAAAUGAAAAUUUCAACUUUGAAAGUUUCAAACUUGAAAUAUUUCAUUUAGUUGAAAAAGUGAAAUUUUUUAAAAUUUCAAAUGAAAUUUUCAAUCCGAAAAUUUCAACAUUGCCUGUGAAAGUUUCAGAAAUUUCAUUGAGUUUCGCAAUUUACUGAAAAUUUCGCAUAAAUUUCACAUGCGGCCUCCCCUGGGACCUUUAAUAAUAAUUUACAACAGAUUCCGAAUCGACCAAUAAGAACGAGUAGAAUACACUAUAAGUAAUUAUUUUUACUUAUAUGCAUAAAUUAAUUUAAAUAAUUUAAUUCAGUUACCAAUUUAAUUUGUAAAUUAAAUCAGACUUAAUUUUUUUUUAAAAGUCAUGAUUAAUUUAUACUUUUACUUUUGCUAUAAUUGCAUCGGAAAACGGAUAAAAAUGCCUUUGGCUCAUAAAAUUUUGAUGAAGUUUCUUCAAUUUUCGUAAAAUUUCAGUAAAAUAUUUAAAAAUAAAUAUAUAUUAAUAUAAAACAAUGAAAGUGGCACAAUCUCAUUAGCUUACCAUAAAGUGCUAUUUCUCUUUUAGUUUUAGUAAUUUUAAAAAUAUUUUAAAAGGAAAUAUCAAGAAAUUUAUGGUAAACAUAGGUAUUUACUAUUUAUAUUAUUGGUGCAGGGGCCCACAGAGGGGUAGGAGGUAAGAGAGGCAAUUUGCCAUGGUCACUGAGUGGGCUUAUUUCAAUAUUAAUAUAUUACACUUAAAGUGAUUGAAAUUUAUUGAAAGUUUCAAUAAAUUUCAUAAAUUUCAACAAAAUUCAUGAAAUUUAAUAAUAAUAAUAAUAAUAAUAAUAGGCUUUAUUUCAGAAGACAUAUACAUGUGUAGAAAACGUCAAGGAAUAUUUCAGAAAUUUAUGAAAUUUUAAUAAAUUUCAUAAAUGUCAUGAAAAUUUCAAGUGAAAUUUCAAAUACAAGCAAAAAGUAAAAUUUUCCCAACCCUAUUUACAGUAACCUUAUAUAACCAUUAAAAAACUAGUAAACUAAAUGACGAUUUUAUUAAACCUUGUUAAACUUUUAUAUAAUUUGACUCAUAUAUAACCUUUAUAUAAUUUAUCGUUACCAUAAUUAUUACUAUUUAAAUAGUACAAAUUGUUUAUUGGGUCUUUAGGAGAUUAUUUUUGGUAAUGUUUCAUUUUGAUUAUAUUUGUAUUUAGGUAUUUUUAUAAUUAAGGUACCUUAAAAUUGUAGUGCUUUGUUAGUAACAAAUUGUUACCUUUACUUAAAAAUUGUAUUUUAUACAGGUAAAAUAUAUUACGCCAACUGAGCAUAGGGCUGUAGUAUGACACGCCGUUUUAACAUUUAUUAAAUAAUUUUUUAAUUUAAAAUUUUAUUGGUUUAUAAUUUUGUAUCAAACAAUAUUAUUUCCAAUCAAUUUUUGCAAAAAUCAUAUCAUUUUUUAAUAAAAAUUAUUUCUUAUAAGUAUAAUUUGGAAAGAAAAUAGUUUAAAAAAUUAAUUUUUUUAAGCUCAAAACAAUUGAUAAUUAAAAUUUAUUUUAAAUAUAAAAAGCAAUUUUUAAAGAUUUUUUAACCUUUUAACCCUGUUUUAAUUACACAAUUACCUAGAAAUUUUUCAUUUUUAAAUUUGGCAUCUCCAUUGCUCUCUGUGGCGCGAGUUCUGGGAUACCCUGUAUAAUGGAAAGAAUACAAAUAAUUUUUUAAUUUACUUAAACCUAACAAAUGUUACCGAAAUUAAAUAAAUAUUAAAAGGUAUACAGAAUCCAAAUAAAUACUAAAUAUUUUGUGAUUACAAAUUUUGAGUUUCUCAAUAACACCCAGUAUAGUACAGUAUGAUUUAAAGUUAAAUUGUUUAAAUUUACAUAAUUAUAUUAAAUUUUAUUUAAACCCCACUAAAUUUAUUAAAUGGCAACAGUACCUAAUACCUUUUUAAUUAAAUUCAUAUUUUAAUUAAUUUUAAAACCCCAUUAUUAAAAUAAAUUUCCACAACCAUGUCAUUUCGAGCUUUUAUGUGUUGCAUUGGAUUUAAACAUGGAAAAUUAUUUUGAAACAAUAAAUUAAAUAUAAGUACAUAUUUUAUGAUGUUUCCAAAAUAAAUUUAUAAAAAAACUGAACUAAACUUCCAAUGUAAUAAACGAAUUUUUAUUUAAAAAAAAUAAUAAAAUAAAGAAAGAAGCCUUAUUGAUAACAUUUUUUUAUCUCAAAAUUUUAAAACUCGGCGUUUCUCUUGCAAUAAGUCUUUUUUCGUUAUUCCAAAUCACAUGUUUAUAUCGUUUAGAGUGCUCAACUUAUGUAUAAGUUCAGUUUUUGUACCAAAAAUAUUCGUAGCUUUAAGAAAAAAAAUCAGCACAAAUUGGGGGCCACGCAACGAAAUAUUUAAGUGAAGAAUACGGACUUCCCUCUAAAUGUCUUGAAGUUAUUCUUUUGUACAUACCCUUAGUUUUUCAAGCAGUAACGUAAAAUAAGUGAAAUAGAAAAAAACACUACAAAAGUGCCAACGUGUAUGUGAAAUCUCUUUCUGUAUUGUAUGGACAGCUUUAUUUUUUGAAAAAUUCAUCCAAGAAAAAAACUUGUAGACCAAUUUACAUUGUGAUUUAUAAGUACUUUCAUAGUCUUUAUAAAACGCCCUGUAUAACACUAAUAGAGUGAAACAUAACUGAUAUUUCUAGUAAAAUUACAAGCAUUUUUAAGUAUAAUUAACAUAUCAAAUAAAUGACCAAAAAAUAAACGAAAAAAAAAAUUAAUAUAUUGUGUCAAUAUUUAACAUUAACAAAUAUGUACCUACUUAACAAGCAAGCUUAAUAAUUAAAUAUUUGUGUAACAAACAAAAAUUGAACCUUGUAAGGGGACCAAAAAAUCGAAAAAUAAUCAAUUGAGCUUUAAUAUAACAUUUCAAUAAAAAAAGAAUGAGGAAUUUAAAAAUGCUUGUACUAAUCUUAUAGCUUUAACUAAAUAGUAUAUUACAUUUAUGAUAUUUACAUUGAAAACUUAGUCAUAAGAGGUCCAAUUAUAUCACAAAAUCUCCUAGUAAUAUUUCCAUUUUAUUUAUGAUUAUUUUUUAUUUUUAACAUGUCAUAAAAUAAACGCCAAUAAUUUUUGGCGCUUUUCUAGGCCUUGUAUAGUUUUCUGUAGUUUAGAAUGUCGUUUUCUAAAAUCUAAAGAAAUAUUUCUAUAUUAGAAAUAAACUACCUAGUUUGAAAUAUUCAUUAAUAUUGUAACAAUUUUUCCUAUUUCAAAAUUAAAUUGUAACCCAAGCUUUAACAAAAUAUUUCUAAAUAUUCUAAUAGCUUAAUUAAAAUUAACACAGUCAAUUAUACUUUAUAAUAUUUAUAAUUUAUAAUUAUCUGUGAUUCAAUGUAAGGCCUUUGUAAAUUUAUGUAUGUUGCAAAAUUCAGGUCACAUAAAUUUAGCUAAAAAAAAUUUUUUUUUACAUUUUAAUAACAAAAUUAAUUGAACCUGAAUUUUGUACCAUUAAAAUUGUAUUAAUUUUUUUUUAAUAUUUAGCCCAUGACCAAAAUACUCUUUAUUAUUUUAUAUUAAUAUUUCACAUAUUAUUUGUGUAUGCAAUAAAUCUAUUAAGUAAAUACAACAAAAUUAGUUUUAUUAACCCAACAGUUAAAAUAAAUAAAAAACAUUAACUACAGUAAUUUAUUUAAUAAAACUUACGAUUAGAUAUAAAAUUAACACAUUUUUUAUUUUAACACACAAGACGAUAGGAAAUGUAACGCCCUGCAGUUUCUGAAGGUCUGAUAAUCUUAACGACUUGUCCUCUUUUUAAUCCAAAAUAUCUAGCGACUGGGUCACCAGCUUGAAUCCUCAUCAACAUAUUCUCCUUCAAUUUGUACCUCAUCAAUAAUUCCUGUUUUUCUUCUGGCGUCAUUACAACAUGCUCGGGGACCAACUCAUGUUCAGUAAUGUUAAUCAAUAAUUCUGCCUCCAAAAAUUGUUCCAGGAUGUAUUUUGGUGCCAUGUCAACUAAAGAUUGUUUAGCUGAUGGCGUCAUACCGGCUUGUACGACAAUUAUAGCCCUAUGUAUGUUUUCAUCUUGCAUUCUUUGACAAUAAGUCUUGAUAGUUUUAAUACCAAUUUUCGGCUCGUCAGGAAAGAAAACGAACAUCUGAUCUGUUGGAUCGUCAUUAUGGGCCACCAAAACGAUCAAAUCUGAUCUCGAAGGCCUUUUUUCACUUGGUUUAUCCCCGAAUUGGGUCUUAAACUGAUCCAAAGUUUGAUCCAACUCAUCUUGUGUGACUAAAUAACCUCUAUCGUGGCACAACUGCAUAACCGUCUUACGGAUUCUCCAUAAUUUGUAGGUUUCGGCUUCGUCAUCCAUGAUUUUAUGUGGAAAAACAACCUUUUAACAUAAAAAGCGUUGCUACUUAAACUUUGAGGUUAACUUUUUGACACAAUUGCUGUCAUUUUUCUAAACCAAUCAAAAACGCGUAUUUGAUCACAGCCUUCAACGCGCAUGCGCCCAAACAGACGUCAAUAUUUCUAACCUCUACAUCUACGCGUCGUUUCACUUUAAUUUUGACAACAAACAACAAUAAAAUAGUGAAUUAUUUAUUAAAAACCAGCACUCUGUGAAAACCAGUUAAAAUGAGUGCACCAUGGCAAAACAACGCAGCUCCAGGCUUUGUUUACUUCAGCCCCCAGCAAAAUUAUCAAAACAAAAACGAUAGGUCGGAUUUUUUGUCUUUUGAUGAUUCUCAGGGCCAACAAAAUCCUUUUUGGCCGAAUAUGUGCAGUUCUCCGCAGAAAAAUCACAAAAGUCCUAGGAAUUUUAAGCAGAGAAACAAGUUUCAGAGGUAUUCAGCACCGAGUUUUAAUAGGUCAAAUAACUCUUCGAAUAACAGUUUUAACACUUCGAAUAAUAGUCCUAGGAAGUGGGAUAAAAGGAAUUCAAAUGAUGGGCAAAGUAAUCCCCAAGAUGGUAUGUGGAGGUAUUUUGAACCAAGUUGCUUGAAAAAUCCUUGGGAACAAUUGGAAAGACAGCAAGAAUUACAAGAGAAGCAAGAAUUAGAACAAAAUAAACAAACAACCAAUCAGGACAAUGAAAACAGUAACGACUCAAGUAGCAGUAGUAGUAGUAGUAGGUCGGAAAAUGAAAAUCAAGAUAUAGCAAAAGUUUAACACAUAUAAAUAAGCUUUUAUAUCCUGCCACAUAAAGAAUUUAUCACUUUUUUAGAGAUUUAUUGUAUUUAUUGUAAAUACUGUAUUGAAUUGUAUAUUUAAAAUUAAAUUUUAAAUAUCUAUUUUCUUAUAAACAAUUGUGCAACAUUAAUUAGGAAUUUUAGCUCGUAAUUAAUGACAAAUGUACAAAUUAAUUACCUGAUUGUAUU